AUGCCCCGAGCAUCCAAACUCCUCCCCUCCCUAGGACACGCCGCCUCCGGCGCCGGCGGCACCAUCAUCUCCACCUUGACCACCUACCCGCUCGACCUCGUCAAUACGCGCCUCAAAGUACAACGCCAGUUGCGCGCCGACGGGGCCAUUGGGCCUGAGGACGGGUACCAGGGGGUUUGGGAUGCGUUCCAGGCGAUUUACGAGAGGGAAGGGGGGAUCAAGGCCUUCUUUGCGGGGUUGGGACCGGAUUUGGGCAAGAGUGCUGCGGAUAGUUUUUUGUUUUUCUUGUUUUACACGUGGUUCCGCGCCAAACGCCUCCGCGUCAACGAACCCUACCUCAAAGUCCUCGAGGAACUCGCCGUCGGCGCCGCGGCCGGCGCCUGCGCAAAGUUAUUCACCACGCCCGUCUCCAAUGUCGUUACGCGCCGCCAGACAGCCAACCUGAUUUCCUCCUCCUCCUCCUCCUCCUCCUCCUCCUCCUCCUCCUCCUCCUCCUCCUCCUCCUCCUCCUCUUCUGCAUCACGAAACCUCUCCUUCACCGAAACCAUCGUUUCCAUCUACCGCGAGCGCGGCUUGCUCAAUGGGCUAUGGGCCGGAUACUCCGCCAGCCUGGUAUUGACGCUCAACCCCAGCAUGACCUUUUUCCUGCAGCAGAUUCUGAAGCGGAUGUUGGUUUCGAGGGAAAACUGGGAAGAACCAGGGAGUGCCAUCACGUUUGUGAUUGCGGCGUUGAGCAAGGUCAUGGCUACGAGCGUGACGUAUCCGUUCCAGAUUGCCAAGGCGAGGGUGCAAGAGGGGAAGAAAGCAGCGGCUACUACGGGAAGGAGGAGGGAAACCAUCUUCUCCACAGUCCGCCGAAUAGCAGAAACCGAGGGUGUUAAAGCCCUGUACGAUGGCAUUGGAGGGGAAUUGCUCAAGGCGUUCUUCAACCAUGGCUUGACCAUGUUGUCAAAGGAUAUCAUCCAUGGGUUGAUCAUACAGCUGUACUUUGCUGUGGUGGCGGCCUUGAAGGAUUAUAGAAAGAUCAGGGAGAGCGUGAGCAAGAGAGCGAAGAAAGCCAGAGGGGAUAUGAGCAGGUAUUAUAUGCUUGCGACUUUGGCCGCGCAGAUGUUGAGGCAGAGGGGGUUAAGGCAGACACUGGCGAUGGCUGGGGUUCUUGGAAAGGGGAAGGUUGAGUAG